UCGUCUAUAGUAAAAAAUUAUUUAAAAAUUGUUGUAAAGUGAAUUGAGAAUGAUUGGAACGUAUGUUUUCCCCGGCUGUUUUAAAAAGAGAUCUCGAUUCGAAAUUUAUCGCGUGUAACUACAAUUGUAACACGACAGUUUUACUUAGUUUAUUCCGUUUAAUUACUCGUCGAAGACCGUGAAAGAGUUUAACGCCCAUAAUACUGACUAUAUACGUAGCUGCUUUAAACGCGCAUGCGUAAAAGUUGCUUCACAUCUGGAAACACUGUCCGGGUUAGAUGAUUAAUCAUGGUUUAAGCGGUUAACUGUGCUUAAUCUCUGCAUUAUCGCUUUCAAUAAAAGCAAGUAAAACUUUCAUUAUCCCAUGACAGACCGCUUCAUACAACGGAGGAGAUUAAACAGGAAGGGACAGCGAAAUAAUUAUAUAGAACAUCAAUCGUAUAUAAUAAAUAAAUACUAACACUUUUUUACUUUCAAUACCCAACCUAUCUCAUCAGCCAUUGCAGUGUGCAAGUGCCCGCCAAAACAGUUCCUCAAUUUCCAUGACGUUGUAUUUAACAAUACAAGUUCGCAAUGCUCUGACAUUACACACUUAAAGUCUUUUAAUAUCGUUGUAUGAACGGAAAAAACUAUAUUCUUGUUACAUUUGAUGCGUAUUCGGUAUGAGUCGAAUUUACUACAUUCUGUCGAAAGUGUCCUACAAUUUGAAAACAAUGCGAGAGGUGAACACUUGUGUAUAGACGUUGAUUUUCCAAUUAUGUACAAUUAAAUAAAAAGAAUAAAAUGGUUUUACAAUAUUUAUGUAAUUAGUGUAUUCUUGUUCUCGAAUAUUUUAUUUCUUAUUCAUAAAAACCGUUUGACAAAGCAUUUUAACACAAUGACAGACGUUAUUCUUUUAAGCGAUUCGGAGGAAUCUGUUUUGCCUAUUAAAAAUUACGAAUUACAAAACGUUAACAAGGAAAAUAGAAAGAAAUUGCUGCUUGCCGAUAACGAUUCGGACGACGCUGAAUUUCCCGAAGUACAUUUCCAUCAUGAUAUUGAUGUAAAUGAAGAGUUUGAUUUACAAAAUGAUAUUGAUAAAAGUUCUACCAGUAAUGGGAAUUCGAAAUUGAAUAAUGCUAAAAAAUCUAGCACGUCCGAUUUAUCCGAUACCGAAGAAAAUUUGAACGACGUGAAGAGAAAGAGAGUGAAACAAAAGGCUGUUAAAACUGUAACGAAGAAAAGUAAAAGUCAAUUAACCGAAGGAAAAUUAAAACGACAGGAACAACUAAUCAGAGAAAGGGCACUCAAAGCAAUUGCAUCGAAAAAAUUAAAAAACAUUAAACCUGGCGAAUGCAUGAAAUUCGUGGAAGUUGUUCUUGACGAAGCUAUUGAAAAUUUUGAUUUUAUUAAAAAUAUUACAAGCACGCUGCUCGAGGCUAACAUCCAAUAUAGUAUUAAUGCAGAAUUAAUUCCAAACAGUAUCACGUGGAAAAGAAUUGUCGAGAACAGUUACGUAGACGAUACCAAUAAAAUAUGUACAGAAACAGAUGUUCAAAGAAUUAAUCAAAUACUGAUAAUUUGGAACUGGGACAAGGCGUUAAUGGAAGUAGCAGAUGGCAGCUUUUGUGCAACUAUUUCCACUAUCAAGGCGUCGAUACCAAAUUACAAUAUGAUUUUAGUAAUAUUUGGUAUAGAAGAUUAUUUUACAUCCAGAAAACAAACCAGAAAUUCUGUUAAAAAUAGAACAAAGAAUAAAGCACAGAAAACUAAUACUAAAAAUAACUGCGAGUUUCAAAGCUUUCCAGAAAUAUCGAGGCAGCAGCUUGAAACGUGCCUUAAUGAAAUACAAAUACUUUCCAAGUGUAACAGCAGAUUGCUUAAUAGUUUUAAAGAUUUAGCACUGAUGGUAUAUCAAUGUACAAAGGCUAUAGCAGAAAUACCAUAUAAAUUGGAGACGAAUAAAAAUAUAACUAGUAAAUUUGAUUGGUAUGUGAUGGGAGAUAAUAGGAAUACAGUACGUGUAGAUAAAGAUGGAAACGGAUUAAAAAGACUGUGGCAACAACAACUUUGCCAAUUUAAUUUAAGUAGUCUUGAAAUUGCAGAAGCAAUUUCUGCUGUAUAUCCGUGUCCUGUGGAUUUGAUGGAAACAUACAACAAUUGUACACACCAGGAAGGAAUGAACUUGUUGAAAGACAUUGUGGUUCGAAGAGCAGCUGGGCCUCUUACAACAUUGCGUAAACUUGGUCCCGAAUUGAGUAAAAAAGUGUAUAUAAUGUUCACGUCCGAAGAUGGUGAAAAAGUGUUAAGUUAA